UCACAGUGAACAUCGAUCUACCAACGUCGAUGAUUGUCGAAGGGUAUAUAUAAGGCCUCUCGAACGUUACACGCUUUAUUCUCAGUCUUUCAGCGAUCUAUCGACAAGUGAACAGACAAGAACGUCAAAGGAAACUCAUCUAAGCGAGAAAGAAGAACGCGCAAUAUCAGGACCAUGGCUGACGUAGUGGAUCUCAUCGAUAUCUUGGUUCGAAUUAAAAGGCGACGUCGUAUCGAUGUUGCGCUAGUCCUUUGUUUGUGUCUCCUGGCGGCUGCCGCGAUUGAACCGCCUCUAACCGCCGACGAGAAGUCACAAGAACAAGAAGCAAAGGAAAGAUCAUUCGCCACCGACAUUCACAGUCCAUCACCUCCAUCUGGCUCGUUCCUGGAAAAAGCGAAAGAAUCGGCAGCCGAAAUGGUUGAACGGGUAGAAAGAGCCUUAAAAGAAACAGCGGCCACAGUCAAGAGUAGCAUCAGUGACCGUAUGCCAGAGGAGAAACACGAAAUUAAACCUCCACAAGAAUCGCUUUACGGCCAAGUUAAAGAAUCAGCAUCCGAUACAGCGGAACGGAUCAAGAGAGCCGUUGGCGCUGGCGAACAACCCGAAGAAAUAGCUGAAAAGCCAGAAUCUUUAUUACAUCGAGCUAAAGAUUGGAUAACUGGAACGACGCAUGAAACGGCCGAACAAGUCCAACAGCAAAUGCCACAACAACCUGAUAAGUCGACUUUACAGCAAGCUAAAGAUGCCACGGUUGAUUCUGCCCAACGCGCUAAAGAUGCAACGAUGGAUGCCGCCCAACGCGCCAGAGAGGCUACCAUGGAUGCCGCCCAACGCGCUAGAGAGGCUACCAUGGAUACCGCACAACGCGCAAGAGAUGCAACGAUCGAAUCUGCCCAACAAGCUCGAGAUGCUGCGUCCGGAGCGGCUCAUCGUGUUCAAGAAGGAAUUCAGAACGUGGGUAGCCAAGCCAGCGAUACCUUGGGGUCAGCUUAUGAACGGGCAAAGAAUUUAGUUUCGCAAAAUGCUGACCAGGCGCAGGAACAAGCACAGCAAGUCAAACAACAAGCGGAAGAAGCUGCACAACAAGGACAACAAGAAGGCGGAUCAUUCUUCCAGCGGGCUAAAGAAUGGGUGGCAGGCAGCGCUCACGAAGGAGCUGAAAAGGUGGAACAAAUGAAAGAGCCUUCCACUUUCGAACAAGGAAGAGAUGCUACUAUGGAUGCUGCCCAGCGCGCAAAGGAAGCCACGCUAGACACUGCUCAUCAGGCUCAAGAGGCUGCCUCUCGAGCGGCCAGACAAGUUAAAGAAGGAUUUCAAGAUGCUGGAAAUAGGGCCGGCGAGGCUGUUGAAUCAGCCUACGAUCGUGCAAAGAAUUUAGUUUAUCAAACGGGCGAUCAAGCUCAAGAACAGGCCCAGCGAGCUAAACAACAAGCAGAAGAAGCUGCUGGCCAAGGAAAAGAGCAAGCUGGAUCUAUCUUGCAACGAGCCAAGGAAUGGGUAACGGGUACAAGCCAGCAGGCUCAAGAUAUGGCACAACAAGCUAAAGAUACGGCGUCAGAGAGUGCCCAGCAAGCUAGAGAGAAAGCAGAAGAGGCGGCCAAACAAGCCGAGGAGCAAUCAGGAUCCUUUGUGGAGAGGGCAAAAGAUUGGCUAUCUGGAACGAGCGAUGAGGUUAAAAGCCAAGCUCAAGAUACUGGAGAAUCCAUGUCUGAUACGGCCCAGCAAGCUAAAGAAUCAAUUUCGGAUGCUGCACAUCGAGGAAAAGAAGGAGCUCAAAAUGUUGGAGAACAAGGAGCUGAGCAAGCUGGAUCCGUGUUCCAACGGGCCAAGGAAUGGGUAACAGGAACGGGACAUCAGGCUCAAGAUAUGGCCCAGCAAGCAAAAGAUACCGCCAGUGGAACUGCCCGGGACACUAAAGAACAGGCCGAAGAGCUCGCAAGAGGAGCACAGGAGCAAACAGGAUCUUUGGUUGAUAAAGCCAAAGAAUGGUUAUCAGGAAGUGGUGAACAGGCGAAAGAGAAAGCACAUGAGGCCGGCGAAUCCAUUUCUGAUACGGCCCAACAAGCAAGAGAUUCAGCGUCGGGGGCAGUUCGUCAAACGAGAGAAACAGCCGAAGACAUUGGCAACAGAGGAACAGAACAGGCGGGAUCGAUUUUGCAAAGAGCUAAAGAAUGGAUCUCUGGAACUGGGGAGCAAAUCAAAGACACUGCUCAUCAAGCUGGAGAAAAAGCAUCGGAUACAGCCGAACAAGUUCAAGACGCUGGUGAGCGAGCAAGCCGAAAAAUGCAAGAAGGAGUGCAGAAGGUGGUAGCUCCAGGUAAAGAACAUAUUGAAACUCUAUACCAACGAACGAAAGAAGGGGCUUCUGAUGCUGGUACAGAAGCCAUGAGAAAGGCUCAACAAGCUAAUCAGAUGGCUAUGGACACGGUCUGGAACUUGAAGGGAGCAACAGAGGAGACAGGAAGCAGAGGUGCAGAGGAAGUUGGUUCUUUCUUGAAACGGGCCAAGGAUUGGGUUGUUGGAAGCGGAGAACAGGCAAAAGAAAAAGCACAAGAGGCAGCUGGAACUGUUGGCGAUACAGCCCACCAGGUGAAGGAACAAAGUCAAGAUGCUGCACAACGUGGAAAGGAAAAUGCGGAAUCGCUUUUGGAACGAGCUAAACAUUGGGUUUCUGGAAGUGGAGAACAAGCAAAAGAAACGGCCCAACAGGCUCGUGAUUCAGCUGCAGAUGCUGCACGACGAGCACAAGAAUCGGUGUCCAGCACUGGUCAGCAAGCGAAGGAUAAGAUAUCGGGAGCAGCUGAACAAGGCAAAGCUUACGUUGAUCCUGUCUAUGAGAAAGCAAAAGAAUGGUUAACUGGCACAAAAGAGUCAGCAGAGGAAACUGCUCAACAGGCUCGAGACAAAGCUUCAGAAAAGUACGACCAAACUGGCGAAGCUAUCAAAGACAGAUCGGCUCAAAUGGGAGAAAAGACUCAAGAAAAGAUGGGCCAAGCUAAAGAGACGAGUGCUGGAGUUGUUCACAAGUUAGGUGAUGCCAUACACGAUUUGAGGCACACCAUCAUGGAGAAACUUCACAUCGAGAAACCUCAUCACGAAGAAGGUUCUGUAACGGAAAACGAACCUAGAAAACAAAGUGGAGGACUCAAUAUUCUACCUGUCGCUGAUGCAACAUUGGAACAACAACCUAAAGCCAGCCGGUCAAAGGAAGACAUUCCGUCUAGUGAUGAAACACAGUCGUCUACCUUCUCCAAGUUAACAAAGCGUCUGAGCGCAUACUUGGGAUCUCAUGAGAACAUAGAUAAUUUCCAGCCGGACGAAGAUGCUUUAUCAGAUCCCACACAAAUAGAGGAUCGAGUGGCCAUAUAAAUUCUCUCUUCGAUAAAUCGAUGAUCAGUUUCCCGAACAAAACUCCAUUUAGUGUGUAGUUCAUAUUUUAAAAACAGAUAUGUCAUCUUAAGUGAAAAGGAAAAAAAUUAAUAAAAAAA